AUGUACGCUGUUGUUGAUCAGAAGCAUUAUAAGCUUAUCACAUCAUACAUUCGAGCUGCUGCUUUGAUCGGCAAAUUUUUCGCAUAUGGUCUCGCUCAGUUUCUCGUCUCAUUUCACUACGGAUCAUAUUUGCUAUUGAAUCAGAUUUCAUUUGCUGCAGUAUGUAUAAUUCUUGGAAUUGCUGCUGCACUGCCACCAAUACCAUCAAAAAUUAUCGCGAGUAAAGUUCAGUGCGAAAUUAUUGGUGAUGGGCCGAAAGCUUUUGACGUCUCAAAAGAUUAUGAAGAGAAAACGAAGGACAGUGAAACGACCUCGGAAGAAAGGAAGGCGCUCGAUUCGAAGCGGCCGAAUGUUGAUCAGGGAAUAGCCGCUUAUUUUCGAGCUAUUUGGCAUCAUUUCAAAAUAUUUGAAAGGAAUAAAAUUGUACUAAAAUGGAGCAUCUGGUGGGCAUUGACUAGCUGUGGCAUUUUUCAGGUGAUGAAUUACGUUCAAACACUUUGGGCCACAUUACAAAUAAAUUCGGAUACUUUCAACGGAAUCACGGAAUGCGCCAACACACUUAUUGGAGCAGUGAUUAGUUUUUUGGUGCAGUAUAUGCAUACGAACUGGAGGAAGCAAGGAGAGUUAGUGUUGCUGAUCACAUCGGCAUUUAUCGCCACCCUACUGCUCAUCAUGUCUCGGACCAGUAGUGUUCUUGUCGCAUACGUGCUUUAUGUCGCGGUCAUUACGAUCUAUCACUUGCUCAUAACAGCUGCGAGCACUCGUGCUACAAACUAUUCUCACGUUCGUCGUUGCGGACAAACACGGACUGUCUUUGCCGAUUUCUACGCAGGUUUUUAG